CAUUCAGCUGUCGAAUCUUCUAAAGCAACUUUUUUUUCGCUCUAUCGUUAUUGUAAGUUUUUAGGGAGGAGCAGGCAAAAACAAGCUGGCAUCUCGCAAGAGAAAAGUCUCUUCGCCAAGCCUGAAAGAGAAUCAGUACGCAGUCGCUUUCAUUCCGGAAUGUGCGCCUACACAUAGCAACGCAGACGAUCCUAAUGUAAGUUCUGAGGCUCCGACGAUCUUUGACAAGAAGUUGCAGUUGCCGGAAGUGAGAAUGGUUGGUCGCCUGAAUCCAUUACGAUGUCAGCCACGCUUGACCGAUGAAAGAAUAGAUCUCGAAGCUUAUACUAAACGUCAUGAGAAGCAUGAAAAGGAAGAAAAACAGAUUUUAAGAAGUUAUUACGGUAUGUCCUCGCACACCUAUCCAGUACAAGCACCCUUUUGGACCAUUUACGGAAUACACAGUCCAAAGAGUGACGUCAUAGAGUCAUUUGACGUCAUGACCUUGCUGAAAGCAUGUUUGGACUGUUCGGUGUUCCGCUGGUCCGGGCAGUACUUCCGUCAGGUAAGAGGUCUUGCAAUGGGACAACGUUUGGCACCUGUGGUAGCCAUAACAUUCAUGUCCAAAGUAGAGUAG